AAACUCAAUCCAAAAUUUACCAAGACAGAAUCAGUUCUUCACCCUCUCAUUCAUCUAUAUACUCAAAACACAAAAUCCUAUCCUUCAUAAGUUGAAAAAUGAAAGCAUCACAAAUUGCUAUUUGCACCUUCCUUAUGCUGCUUCUGAUUGAAGUUCAAGUGUCAAUGGCAGUAACAUGCAGCCCAUUACAACUAAGUUCAUGUGUGAGUGCAAUCACUUCUUCAACACCUCCAUCUAACCUAUGCUGCUCCAAGAUUAAAGAACAAAGACCUUGUCUUUGUCAAUACCUCAAGAAUCCUAAUCUAAGGAAGUUUGUUAACUCUCCUAAUGCCAAGAAAGUUGCUAGCACUUGUGGAACUCCAUACCCAAAGUGUUGAGUGUUAAUCCAUUGAGAUUUGAGACUAUAAUAUAUAAUAUCAUAGUUUGUGUGGUUUGAUGUUUUAUCAGUUUUCAUAUAUAUAUAUAUAUAUAUAGUAGUUAUAGUAUAAGUCCUAAUAUGAAUGUGAUGCUUUGGUUUCAUGUCAUUGUAUUCAGUUCUUUGGUGUGAUCUCAUCUUACAUUAGUUUUUGCUUAUGUGGCAGCCACGUUGAUGGCGUGUCAGACACGUGUUGGUAUCUGACAAUGAUGUGAGACUCACACGUGUGGUUGGUUGAUUAUAUUUGACAUUUUUAAUUUUCUUAAAUUAUUACAGAUGUCUAUGUAUCAGUGUCGUGUCUGUAUUAAUAUUUUAUAAAUUGUUGCAAAAAGCUGUAUUUAUAAUUCAAAGCAGUAUUUGAUCAUGUUUACUUAUUAA